AUGGAUGUUUUUUUGGCCAGACUCACCCAGCAGGCAAUGAACUAUGCCAUUCGCUCGGGAAUAGCCAUAACAGCCAAAUAUGCCAUCCGUCAGUCAUCACGGCUGCUCAAAAAUGUCGAUAAUUGCGAGGAAAGAGACGAAUUGCUCUCUCUGCAGCACCGCUUGGAGAGCAAGAUCCAGGUCAUAUCUCCUGCUAUCGACAUGAUUGAGCUUAUCGCUGCAAGAGGAAACACAUCGCUCGAGUCAGCAGUAUUUCUCACCAAAUCUCUACGAUGGGACAUACAAGCUCUGGGCCAGCGAUUAGCAAAGGCUGCAACAUCGGAAGAGCUCUACGCCCGAGGAGCGAACCCCAACCGCGAUCGCUCGCAGCAGCAGAAAGAAAUCCAGCAUAUCAUCCGAGACAUCAAGAAACUGCUUGUGCGCAUCGAAGAUGCAGUGCCCUUGAUGAACCUGGCUAUUACGACCUCUGGCGCUAAGCUUUCAGUCAACCUACCAUCGACUGUGUCGCCCUCUCGGUUGCUGCAGGCGAGCACGUUCUUGACCGCAGGCGAUACCCAGUACUCCAUGUCUCCGUCCCACGCCGUGCAGAUUGGUCCAACAUUUACGCUAUCGAUGUACAUGCUCUUCGCAAGUCAUCUCCGCCCGCAUGACGAGGACGGCAUACGCGAGGCAACUUGGAAAGAGGUCAUGCACAAAGCCCGCUUGAAACUCCGUCGGGUGCCCAUGGACCUGGCAACACAUCCGCAGCACCGGCAAACGCGGCACAUAGGUUUCCCCGGUGACGCACGAGUGGAUGAGUUCGCCUACCAAGUGCUCAUAGUCGAGGACCUCGACGACGGGCGAGUGCACACUUUCGACGAAGGCGAAGCGCAGCCCGAGCACUUCGAAGGAGUCAACACCGCCGGACUGCGCGAGAUCCUCCCCAUCCACCAAAUCUCCAAGAUCUUCUACGCCGACACCGGCAAGAUCCUGAACAUCAGCACCGAGGGAGAAACGAACAACCCCGUCCUCCUCCUCAAACGCGACAUCAACGCCAUCCCGCCUCGACGCAUGCUGGAACGCGACGAGUCGGAGCUAGGCCAUGUCUCCGACAGCCAGGACGACAACGACGAAGACGAGCCCGACGAGCUCCAAGCCCAACUCGACGCCCAGCUCAACAACAACAACAACCACGACGACCACCCCAGCUUCCACGAAGACUCGAUCCCUUCGCAAUGGCGCCUGCCCAAAGACCUGGACCCGGAAUGGAUCGCCUUCGAAGUCUACACAGAAGAAGAGUCUUCCGACUCGGACACCUCCGACACAGAAGACGACCCCGCCUCCCAAGCAAUGGCCAAACUCUCCCUCAAUCCGACGCACAACUCCCCCGUCCCGACCCCAGCCUCCACCACAUCCUCCUCCACCAAACGCUCCCCACGUCUCCAACCCCCGCAAACCACAACCGUCUCCAACCCGCACUUCAACAACAUCCGCACCUCGCUCUCACUCCUCGAGACCCUCCUCCGCCUGACCUCUCUGCAGCAAUUCCAGCAACAAUCCCACCUCUCCAUCAGCGACGAGCUUCUGAACUUCUUCCUCGAGGAGUCCUCCACCACCGGCGCCGGCGGCGACGAGCAACACCGCCAGCGACUCCGCACCGACGCCCGCCGCCGCGUCGGCUGGGACCCCUACGACGAGAGCCCCGUCAAGCGCCGCGGCGAGGACUACCAGUACGCCUACGAUGCCCACGACCAUGACCACGACCACCGGGGCACCACCCCGCUCCGCUACGGCCGCGACGACGAGAGCGAGUACCCUUUCUCCCCCAGCGACCGUGUCCGCGGCUUUCACCUCCGUUCCCGGGAGGCCACACCCGAAACGCCCUUGUCCUCUGUUGCCACUGGUGGGGGUGGUGGCGGGCGGGCGGAGAGGCAUCGUCAUCACAGUAAGCUGCGGAUGGCGGGUGGCACGUCGUCCUCGUCGUUGCACGCGGAGGACGGAUCCUCGCGCAGGGGGUCCCCGCUCUCGAGACGGUCUACCCCCGUGCCCAGUGUUGAGGGGUCGGAGCAUUAG